GUUAACGUUGAAUAUACGCGUUGUACAUCUGUUUGUGAUAUGGCGACAGUUCGGAGGAUGGCUAGUGCCCGACGCAAGUGGAAAAGUAGUGACAUUCAUAUUUGAGUUUUAUUGACAUACUUAUUAAAUCAAUACAAAUGCAGUGUAGUGGUUUAGCGUAUCGAAAAGUGUACAGCAUGACGCAGGGAGCUGAUUCCUUUGGUGAGAGGAAGAAGAAGCCCGAGAAAGAGGCAAUACACUCGGGACAUUUUAUGGUAUCAGAUUUUGAGGCUGAAGCACAAGAUGACGAAUUCAAUGUGGCAGUCGCGUUGCCUGAGGAAGAAAACAAAACGGUUGCUGUUGCCAUUAGCAUUUCGAAUACUGAGACAUUCAUCAGUGCAAAUCGCCAAGAAAAAACGCAACAAGUUUCCAUCGAGACAUCGUUAGCAAAGCUGUUUCAAUGCAUGUCCCUAGCGUAUAGGCAGAAGUUGACAUCGCCGAAAUGGAAUCGUUUCAAGGGGAUUCGUCUUCGCUGGAAGGACAAAAUACGGCUGAACAACGUCAUCUGGCGCUGUUGGCAUAUGCAAUUCAUAAGAAAGCAGAACACACUUGUGUGUCAAUUUGCAUCUCCUCUCGAUGUCGAUACUCACAACAAACCUGAGGCAGUGGUUUUGGAGGGGAAAUACUGGAAGCGUAAACUUGCAGCUGUAACAGCAGAGUACAAGAAAUGGAGGAUGUUCUACAGAAACAGGUUGGCUGGCUGGUCAUCGAAAGAUGGAAACAAUGAGGUGUUGUCAGAGGCAGAUAUCUUUGAUUGGCAGCCACACAGCAAUGACAGUAUGCAUUCUGUGGGCUCCAUGAUGGUGGAUGAAGACUAUAUGGAAUUUAUGAGUGAUACAUUGUUCACCACCAUUUCUGCAAAUCAGCCAUAUGCUUUUCCAGACCAACGUGAAAUUGCACGUGGAGCUGGUCUUGCAGACUUCAUUCAGCCGAGCUUGGUGCAGCUUCAGCCAAAUCUGGAUGACUUCAUGGACACAUUUGAGCCUCUUCAAGAGCUGCUGUCUUAUUCUAAACUGCCAGCUGUGCCUGAGGAGAGUACUACAUCCACAGUGUUCGAUUCUGCAAGCAACACAAGUGGAGUGGAUGUUUUGGCAGAUCCUCUUGCUGGUAUUCCCACUGCCACUUACAGCUCUCAGCAGCAGGAUCCAGUGUUCACCCAAGGGCAGCCUGUCUCGCUGACUGAAAAACCUCCAACAACCAUCCAGGCUUUUUGCAAGCAAGAAGCACAACCACCCAUUCAGCGCCAGGUUAUAACACAGUCUCAGUCACAGCAGCUGCUGGACAAGCCAUUGCCAUAUCAACAACAGCAACGCCAACAGCCACAGUUGCCACUGCCACAGCAGUUGCAGAGGCAUCAACAGCAGCAAACUUUAUCUCAGACAACAAGUUAUCAACCUGCUCAUCCUCACCAAGUGACAUCACGCUCCAACAGUGUGACAGAUUGUACUCUCUUUGCUGUUCCAAAGGAGAACCAGAUGAAAGCUGUACGCACACGUUCUCGGAGUGGUCCAAACCUGCUUGCUGGUGUAAACAGGCCCUCGCCAUCUGUAGCAACAGUGGCAAUGCCUCAGACCACAUCCCAAGAGGUUCCAGCAGUUGUUGGUGCCAGUCAGGGAUUGCAGCCAUUGCUGUUAGCACAGUUGUUGUCCAACACUCCUUCUGCAAAUACAGUCUUCAACUUUACGGCAACACCAGAAAGGCCAACGCUAGCGGCCCAGGUGCCAACAAAACAAGCUUCAAGCAUAUUGCCGGCCCUGCCUGUACAGCAGCAGUCAUCUCCGGCAACACUGCUUAUAACUACAGCACCCACUCAGGUUGUUCCAACGAUAAGCAUGGUAAGCCCAUGUAAGAACUCACCAUCAGAUUUGAGUUCACCUCUGGGGACUUCACCGCUUGGGAGUCCACAAUCUCCACCAUACCGUAGUUCAAGAAGGGACUCGGGACCACCCCCAAAGGAACAUCGCCGUAUGUGCCAUAUAAAUGCAGAGCAGAAGCGACGUUGCAACAUUAAGAAUGGAUUUGACAUGUUGCAUUCUCUCAUACCUCAGCUGAAUCAGAACCCAAAUGCAAAGCUUAGUAAGGCAGCAAUGUUGCAGAAAGGUGCAGAAUACAUCCAACAGCUGAGAGCUGAACGGGAUCAGCUGCGAGAGGAGAUGCUGAGUCUCCGCCAGGAAAUAGAGUGCCUCAAUGCAUCAAUUAGCAAUUGUCAGGCGCUGCUUCCAGCUACUGGAGCGCCUGUCUCACGGCAACGAACCAGUAAAAUGAAAGAAAUGUUUGAUGAAUAUGUUCGUAUCAGGACACUAGAGAACUGGAAGUUCUGGAUCUUUAGCAUAUUAUUUGAACCACUUUUGUCAUCAUAUACAGCAGCUGUGAGCACUGCAAGCCUUGAUGACUUAUACCGCUCCACCUUAUUAUGGGUUGAGCAGCAUUGUUCCCUUGUUGAACUCCGACCAGGGGUUCUGAAUUCACUGCGGUACCUGAGUAGAGCAACAGACAUUCUGACAGACCCUGCACGGUUACCAGAGGAGGCUCGGAGAGCUGUUCUGAAGAGAGACAUGCAUCUUUGACAAAAUGCAUAGCAGUGGAGUGCUGUCAAGCUACUGCAUGGAAGAAUGUAUGUGAGAAGAGACAGUACUUACUCAAGAUACCUGAUUAUUUCCAUUAUUUAUUCACCUGCUUGCUACAUAUCGGCAAAAAGUGGGGGAGAAGUAUGAAAGAAUCUAAGCAAAUGUGCUUGGAGUUUGUUAUGUGUAAAGAAUUCUACUAAUUUUUAGCUGCCUCCAGACUGACCCUCAACAGUAAAAUGUCAGCAGUUCGUAAACAGUUUCAUGACUUGUGUUUAUUGGUAACUGUAUUGGCAUUAGUAACUUCUUUGAGGAGUUUGAAGUAGCCAACAACAUAAUGUGGUUAUGAUGUGAUUAUCUGGUCCGUCUUUAAAGAGUCUUUUCGUUGAUCAAGUUUCAUAAGCAAGUAUUUGAUAGGAGUGUUUCUGAUGAUUUAGAACUUUUUUUCUCUUAUGAAGGGAACAGUAACUUUCUUUCACUGUUACUUAUAGACGUUAAAUCAUUAUAUUAUUAGUACUGCAUCACAAUCACAGUAUAAAACUUGUAAGCCAUGGUCAUUAUAUUUUUAUAAUCUUUAAUUAUGUGAAUACCUUGAAUUUUCUUGCAGUGAAAGAAGUACCACUCUUGAAAUGGUAGAGUUACAUUGCCUUUAAUUUUAUCUGUGCAAAUGAUUGCAUUGCAUAAAUGAUAUGUUAUGGCCUGUCAUUGAUCUCCGUGCCGUGCUGUUCUGUAGGCAUAACAAAAUUAUUUUAACACCAGGCACUACUUUGAUCCAACAUUUAACUAGUUAUUAAUUUUCAUGUUGCCGGAAAUUGUGUACGGUGUCAUAUUUUGUCAAAUCACAUUUUCAUAAUGAACUUGAAGUAAUUAUAUAAAACUGAAGAACUCAAAGUGGAAGUAAGUUGUUGCAUCUUAGCCUCCUUUAUGCCCAUGCUUUCUGGUUAUAUAAUUUGUGUUCAUGUUGUGCCCAGUCUCCGUUCAUAAUUACAAUAAAUAUGAACUCAAACUUUGAAAUGUACAAAUAAUGGCUCAAUUACUUUUAUAAAUAGGAAUUUUUAAAUAUACAGUGGUUGUAAAUAUAACAGUCUUAAUUAUUGUGUAUUUUUGUUUUGUUUUGAUUUAUAUACUAGUUACCUUCAGUUUUUGUAAUGAGUAAUAAAUGAUGUAUGAUUUUGUUAUAUUUCAAAUGUUUAUAAUGCAAACAAGUCUGCCAGUGCUGUGAUAUCAUGAAGUAGCGAUUAGAAUUUAUCAACAGCAAAAUUUGUUUGUUGUGUGGAUGGUUGCUGGUGCAGUGAAGUCAGGCAUGUAAUUGAUCUAUACAGUACUCAUUUAUUGCCAGCUUUAUUUACUCCAUAAUGAAAACUGAAAUUUAAAGCAUUAUCUCAAUAACUGUGACAUGCCUCUAUGCCAUUACUUGUAUCUUAAUGUAAUGACUAAAAAAUGUUAAUAUAGAAGUCAGCAAUUAUUAGACAGCCCAUUUUGUCACAAGAUUUGUAAUUCACUGUAACUCUUUAUUGUUUUUCAAGAUCAAAUCACAUUUUUUGAAAUUCCAUGUAGUACUCUCAACGCAUGACUGUCCUGACUCUCUCUCCCUCUCCCCCUCCCCCCCUCCCAUUUUCCAGUGCUGUUGCAAAUUGAUAUAAAAAUAGUCCUAUAAAACUGAGGAUAGCAAGAAUUCAGUUGUUCAUAUUUUUAACUAAGUUAAAAAGGUUGGAACACAUGUAGCUUCAGAGCUGAAGAGAUGUAUAUAUCAUACAUCAUAUUGAAGCAAGAGAAAUAAAAAAAUCAAGAUGCAUCACACUACAUAUUGUUACUGUAAAUUCAGUUUAAAAAGAAGGUUUUCUUAUUUCGUGUUCUGAGACCAUCUCCAGAUGAAUGAGCUUUGUUCUUUAAAUUUUCCAUAGUUCUUUGUGGCACCACUGUCCAUGGUUAACUGAUCACAGUGGUAAUUUAUCUCCAAAUGCACUUUUUAAACAAGAUUGAUACUAGGGACUUCAGAGCCAUAAACUGGCAUCAUUGUUUUAUAAGUUGAUAUUUAAAUACUUAAAUUCACAAUUGUGUCCUCUUUGUUGUAUUCCAAAAUGAUCGGAGUUUCAUUUUCAACAAAUUGACACUUUCAUAAACAAAUAUUUAGAACAAGCAUACUGGAAAAUUAAAAGCCGUACUUGUCAGCUGGUUUAUUAAUAGUGCUGUGUUCAUCUUGUUAGCUGUAGUGAACUAAACAGAUUCAAAAGAUUUAAGUUCUUUUUUUCCCAACAAUAUUCUAUAACAAGCUAUGGAGAUAAAAAUUAUUUGAACAUUUCCCCCUGUGAAAUGGCAGCAGACUAACAUACAUUAUAUUAUACCUUAUAUUAAACUGUUUUGCUUUCAUGACUCCACACAUGACAUAUGGAAGUAUGAAAGGCAUGACAACCAUAUUACCCUCCCAUAUUUUAUUUGUUUUUGUUGUUAACUCCACUGUAUUUCAAAGUCACUAACACUGCCUCCUCUGACAUUUUUCAAAAAUAAACAGACUGCAAAGCAAUUCACAAUGUCUGUAUCCUUGAUAGAUUGUGGUACGUUCCAAUUUUUAUUUUUUAACAUUUCACAAGUCAUUUUUUCUAUCAUUUUUCUGUCUAAGCAGACCUUCCCAUUUUUUCAAGAAUUAGCUUGUAGUUUUGAAAAUUAAACCUCCACUGCUAAAAGCAAAGACCUCAAAACAAAUGCACCUCGGUCUAGCUUUUUAAGCCCAGUUUUAUGCCUACUGAUAGUUAAAACAUUGAGUUUUUUCCAGGAAAGUGAAGUUAACAAUUGGUCCUGUUAAAAGAAACUUUAAAAGAAGAAUAAAGACUAUUUUGAAGGAUCA